GUUAGAUUUCACUUAGCUACAUCACAUAAUCGACAGAGAAGAAACCCCAACCACCCAUUUCUUCAUAGAUAUGUUUUCGUAUCAGUAUAAGAACUUUCUUGAAUGUCUCCUAUAUCAGGAUAAUUUCAAGCUCAAGCAUAUCAUCUUCGUCUCCUUGGAAGCACGUGACCACACACAUUCCGUGUUGGAGCAGGAGAUUGAGUUAUUCUGACUUGCAGAUUCUAUGGUUGAUAUUGUCAUCAUGAAUCUGAGUAUCGCUCAUUACUUUACAACAUGUUUGUUGAUGACAUCUCAGAUUGCUGCACUUGCGACAGGAUCAAAACUUUCCUCCCAUUUCCGAGAUCUUCACAGCUCGUCUACUUCUGUGACUAAACCACUUAGAAUAGGGCUGGCGACCGAACCAACUUUACCCCUAUCGAGUGGGGCCAAAUUUGAGCUUACUCCAUCGACACCAGUGGCCACGCUAGAUUAUGGCCAUGAGGUCGCAGGUUAUCCAUACUAUGAUGUAGAAUUCAUCAGUGGGAAAAUGCAAAUUGAGGUCAAAUACUCGGAAGAAUUCAAUGGUCUCAAUGCUAACUUCUCUGACGGACCUUUCCCCUUUGCAACUGGUCUCUCAAAUACGUAUCGUGUUGAAACCUUUGAACUCACCGAGACUGGACCUUUCCAAGCAUUUCUACUUCAAGGAGGACAAAGAUGGCAAUCAAUCCGCCUCUUGACAUCGGGAAGUGUAACGUUUUCAACUAUUGGAUUUACUGCGUCAGUAUCGGAUAUUGAUGUCACUACACUGCCCGGUGGGUUUGAGUCCGACAAUGUCAUGCUUAACGAUAUUUGGGCCCUUGGAGCUAGGGCAUCGUCAUUGGCCUGCAUCGAUCGCGGAACCCAGGGUUCCAUGUGGGAGUUUGGUGUGAAUGGUGCUCUUGUAAGGGGUAUGAAACCAGGACUUACAAUUAAAGGCUCAUCAUUUCAGAAUUACACGUUGGAGUUCAACACUAUGAUCAAAAGAGGCGGCAUAGGCUGGGCAAUUGGCGUCCCAAUUGCGAAACCCUUAGGCCUCCAAUUGAAUCUGAUUGGGGAGCUACCUAAAAAUACAACUUUUGUCAAUACGAACACUACACUUACUCCACCAAAUUCCUUGAUUCUCUCCUAUGGUUAUUCUUUAGUCAAUGUCACGACACUUCCUUCUUAUCGCCUAGAUGUAUUCAAUACACCUCCCAUAAAAGAGAACACCUGGUAUACGGUGCGGACAAUCCUUGAUACCGCAGACAACCUUGCGGUAUAUAUAGAUGACGCAGAAAUUUUCAAUACUUCUUUGUCAUCUUACUAUGUUGGUGAAACACCAAUACAGACGGCUGGCACUUUUGGAUUUGGUGGCUGGCAAGAUCAGGCUGGCUACAUUAAAAAUGUGAUCGUUCGGGACACAUUCAAUCACUCACUUUUGUAUAAUAACACAAUGAUGACUGAUACAGAUUUGGUACUGACUGAGUACGGCGUUCACUCUAAUCUCCAAACAACGUGUCUAGAUGGUGCGAAACGAGAUCGCCUAGUAUGGCUAGGCGAUUUUUAUCACACCGGCCGUAUAAUCCCGGUCACUACUUCUCGAAAUGACCAUUUGAAGGGUACUUUGAAUACCUUUCUAAGCUGGCAAAUAGAAGAUGGACUUUUACCAUUUGCUCCGCCGAUUGGUUACAAUGCAUCUGGCGCGAAGCAGACAUUUGCCUUUGGUAGUGGUUCAUCCGCUGGUCUUGAAACUUAUGGUGUUGUUCUAGCUGAUUACCAAAUUCUUGGAUUGAUAUCCUACUCGAAUUAUGUUUCGUCAAGCAAUGAUCUUGAGUUUGCACAUCAAACAUGGUCAAACUGGCAACUUCUGGCAGAUUGGUUGAUUGCAAAACUCAGUCCUGACACUGGUCUACCUGUCUUUCUCACUUCGUUCAUUGGUCCGAGCCAAGGCUCUGCUGUCUCCUGUGCCCUCGUGCAAGCUUUGAGUCAGCUCGCGGAAGUGGCUAUGGCUUUAAAUGAUUUGGCGUCGGCUACCAAGUAUCAAACCGCGGCAACGAAAAUAUCCACUGCGGUCAACAAGCAGUUGUGGAAUCCAACCGCCGGUGUUUAUUCCCUUUCUGCCGCUUCGCCUGGCGAUUAUUCUAUUGCCGCAAUUGGAUUCUGUAUCACAUCAGGCACAGCAAACACGACCCAAGCACUUCAAUCCUUACAAGCUCUCGACGCCCUGAAGCUUGGGCCGGGAUAUAAAGAUUCGACACAAGUCAAUAGUUCGGAUCUCAGCACAAACAUUUCGCCUAAUAUAAAUGGAUUCUUGCUUGCAGCGAUUAUCUCACAUAAUGAAAGUAGCAGAGCUCUGAGCUUACUCGAAAGCCUCUGGUCCCCAAUGUUGUCAAACCCAAAAUCAUCCACAGGUGCAAGCUGGGAGUAUGUAAAUCUUGAAGGUAACCCGGGACUUGGUUUGUAUACAAGUCUUGCACAUCCAUGGGGCGGAGCACCUACAUAUUUACUUACCGAAUGGGCUUCUGGAUUGAGACGUGCUAAUGGCCCAUCUGGGUAUGGCUAUAGAAAUUGGAUUAUCAAUCCGGAUGUUGGUUUGGCGAUGGGGCUCAAGACUGCCAGCGCCAGGGUGGUGACUGCUUUCAAUGGAAGCUUGAGCGCGAAGUGGACAUUGAAUGAAGGAGUUGUGGACGUCAUUAUAAAUGCACCGAAUAACACAAGUGGUGUAUUUGAGAUGGCUGGAACGAGGAAAGUGCUCGUCGGUGGAAAUUCAUACAGGUUCAAUGUGAACAUAUGAAUCUAUGAUUGAGUUGCUUCUGAGUACCAUGCUGUUUGAUAUAUCAAUAUAUACAUUUUUUUCUCCAUCGAAGUGCCGCUUCCGACUUGUCACUGCCAGAGAUGACAACUCCCCCUCUACAGAGUAAGUCCCUCUUGAUGGCUUCAUAGACCCCGCUCGAUCAGUAAACAUGUAAGGAUAAGAGGCUAUUACUAAAGAAAUGAAAGAACGUAUAGGCAGUGGCACGGGAAAGUAAGGGUUCUCAUUCAAUUACUUAAUUGUAGUCUGCUUGCAAAAUACACUCCUGUUUCAUGGCAAUACCGACUCUGCUCAAUUGCAAUGCCAAGUGAACGCUGCAACUUGCAAUCAAGAAUAAAACUUAGCGCCUAGUUGACAGAACCCGAUGCUUAUUUUAUUGCUCAUCUUGAGAAACGAUUGUGGUGUAUAGAUUGGAUGGAAAGUAUUGUCAUGGUGUUGAAGCCUGUAGGUAGCCUCGGCAGCCAUGAUCUUUGUCGAGAGAUCGCUUUCAAGGCGGGAUAAGUAUUGAGACAUCUCAAGGUGAAAGUAUUGAUACUCAUAAGACUCCAGCCAUUUUGAAUCUCGUGGAUAGAAUAUAGAGAACUUGUGAAGCGUAUCUAACAGCUAGAGUAAGAAUGUGUAGAGCUUCCCUCGUCACAAGAGCGCUUCAGGAACCCCGGAAGGCGCACGCAAUAGGAGGGUAUUUUGCUGUCAUACAACAGGAGUGAAAAGAGACCGAGAUAUAGGUCAUUCACCCGUUGGAUGUAAAUAAUAAUGUUCACCAUCUCACAAGUCCUAGAGUGGAAGCUAGGCCUAAAAUUGCUUUAAAUCCCAUUAGCAACUAUGACAAGAAUCUGAUGUAUUGAACGAGCCUAAGAUACAAAGAUUGAAGGAGUUUUGAUGUGAUACAUCUUGUCAUGAAGUUGAAAGGUACCAAGAUUAAGAAGGGGAGAUAAUAAAACUAUAAGACAAUUAGAUCUUGGGUGAUUCCUUGCUGACAUUUUAGUACUGCUUCUCACUUGAGAAUGUCCAGUGAACCCAGCUUUCCUAUUCUUCGAUAUCUAGUGGAAGUCUGACAUUUGAGCUCACCGGCAUGUCUGGGAUCGACGACAGCCAAGAUAAACUAGGAGUUUCUUUGAACCGGAGAAAGUUGAUGAACCGGAGAAGAUCAAUUAGUUCAUCUCCAAACGAUUUCUACAUAGCGAAGGAUUCAGAAGAUGUUUUCCUCGGAGAUAUCGAAAAGUAAGACAGAUGUCAGGUAAAGGUUAAGUUACGGAGU